AAGUCAUUAGCCUAAAAUGCCAUUUCUUGGGACAGUUGUCUGGCAAACUGCAUAAAUAAGCAUGUCUAAUAUCAUUUUCUUGACAUAUAACUAAAGAAUCCUAUGGAACUUAGAUUUUUCCUUUUUGUGAAGGAUGAUUUUAUGAUAGAAUAAUGAUAUUCAUCUACGAUCUCGAUGAUCCCUGGUUCGUGAUGGUGGGAUAACCGUCGCAUUGUUCAACGUCUAAAAAUGCAUUCAAGGUUCAUUGGACAAAGUGGCAGUGAUCCAUUCCACAUAUCGAUGAUCAUCUAGAAUCUAGAUGAAUAGCAUUACUCUUUAUGAUACCCUUUUGAAAUGAGAUAUCAAUUCCCUUCGUUUAGAUGCUUCAAGUUCACGUGGUGAGAGCAGAACUGAUUCGCUUCGAGUCAUCUAUGGUAGUUUCAGCAAUUCAACACGCAGAGGAGAUUCUGGAAGUACCAUAUUCACCAUGGAAGAAAUUUGUAAGGCUACAAAAAACUUCUCUCGUAGCUUAAAAAUUGGAGAAGGUCGUUUUGGAACAGUCUACAAGGGUCGACUCAAAGAUGGAACUUUGGUUGCAGUUAAACGUGCUAAAAAGCAUGACAGGCCUUUGGUGGCAGACUUUCAAAGAGAGAUCCAAACCUUAGCACUGGUGGAACAUCUAAAUAUUGUAAAAUUUUAUGGGCAUUUGGAUCAUAAAGAUGAAAAGAUUGUUGUUGUUGAGCAUGUUCCAAAUGGAAACCUAAGAGAACACUUGGACUAUGUACAUGGUAAUGCUCUUGAUUUUGCUGUGAGGUUAGACGUAGCAAUAGACGUGGCACACGCAGUUACCUAUCUCCACAUGUACACAGAUCAUCCUAUCAUCCAUAGAGAUAUCAACUCUUCCAACAUUCUCCUCAAGGAGAACCUACGAGCUAAAGUUGCCGACUUUGGUUUUGCUCGGCUAGCAGCUAACAGUGAAUGGGGAGAGACAUAUGUUUCCACCAGUGUUAAAGGAACUCUUGGCUAUGUAGACCCAGAAUACCUGAGAACCCUCCAACUUACAGAAAAGAGCGAUGUUUAUUCAUUCGGUGUAUUACUAGUGGAACUAGUCACAGGCAGGUGUCCGAUUGAGCUAAAACGGGGUGCGGAGGAACGUGUUACUGUUAGAUGGGUUAUGAAGAAGUUUUAUGAUGGAGAUGCAAUCUUAACUUUAGAUCCAAGGCUACAAAGGUCUCCUGCAAAUAACUUUAUAGUGGAGAAGAUUCUUGAAGUAGCCUUGCAAUGUUUGGCUCCUCAUCAACGUAACCGACCUACCAUGAAGAAGUGUGCGGAGAUUCUUUGGAGUAUUCGCAAGGAUUUCAAAGAAUUCCCUGCUUCAGAUUCGCUCUCUUCGAAUGCUUAGAGAAGUAGAUAAAAUAUUCGGUGCAAGUAUUUUCAUUCACGUUACUUGCUUCCAUUGAAAAUACAGAAAGAGUAAUGAAGAUCCCCCUGUGAAAUUUGAUUGGUUUCUUGAAUUUGGUUCGAUUUACAUUAUGAGGUUAUGAAGUU